AUGUUGAACCGUUCCGACGAUUCGCUGGAUCCACUUUUUUACUAUGUGUCGAGCCGCGUAGAUGCCAAGGUGAGAGGCGUAACAGGGUCCUCUGAGGCGUCUGUCUUGCCGAGCCCUUCCAAUCAUUCAUCCGAAGGCGACGAGGCGUCGAAUCAUUCAAAUCCAUCAUGUGCUUGCUCUCCCAAUAACAAGCCGUCGGUUUUGACGAGCUGCUCCCGGGGUUCUGCCUAUAUUGAAGACAUUGAUUAUGCCAUAAUAAAGGCUGAGGAAGAAGCGUUUCCCUUUGAUCCAGUCGAGGCGAGGCUUGAAUUAGAACGUCUCAUGGCAUCCCGAGGUGCUUCUUUGUCAGGGCAGGGGAAACACAAGCGAGGGAGAAGACAAAAACCUGACCCGCCUGGUGCCACACUUUCUUCCCCCGACUCGCUUGAGGCGUUGCGAUGUCGCUUUGGAAUGUCCGAGGCGGUGGAAUUCGUCAUUCCAGAGAAUAGCGACCGAGCUGACAAACCCCCUGAAAAUCACUUUACCCUGUACGAGGUGUUCUUCGAGCUCUGUUUCCUCUGUUUCCCGAUCCCUGGAGUUAUCCUCGAGUACCUGUGGAAACACGGGAUCUCGAUUGGGCAGAUUAUGCCGAGGGGCUUGCGAAAGGCUCCAAAGGGAGGCAGAUUUUAUAUCUCCAACAAGUCUAAUCGCCGGAUUAUAGGCGGUUUCCCAAGCAAAGAUCAGUUUUGGACCGCGCGUUUCGUCUAUGUCUUGGUGAACGAGGCAUCGGUUGGCGAGGACUUCGUCCGAAAAACCAAGACCGCUUGGGGACCACUUGUUCCUGACGACCUCUUCGUUGUUCGAGAUACCCUUGCGGCUCGGAGAGUCAAUUGGAGGAAGCACUUUACGUUUGAGAGAGUGGAAAGAGCGCGAGCGAUUUUCGCCGGAGUACCUGUUAGCACUUCGUCUUCGAAUUCUUCAGGAGAUACAAGGGAAAAAAUGGUGAUCAUCACUCUUAGAGACAGAAAGAGGCAUGAAGAGGAAGAGGCUGCAAAACGAGCCGCCGAGGCGGCUCAAACGGAGGCCGAGGCUAUCCCUCAAGACGAUCCACCGAGCCGUGAAGGGGAAGGCGUGAUCCGAGCUGUGGGGGCGAAUGUUGCCGAGGUGGUUGAGAAGGAGGUGGCGCCCGAGGUGGAACCAGGUGAGAUCAUCCCCGAGAUGCCCAAAGACAAUUCUGCGGCUCAUAGCAAAACACCUUCCAACUCGGCUAUUUUGGCUCUCCCGAAGUCGUCAAGGCCCUCAGCUUCACAUCUACAGAAACACGACGCUGGUCAAAAACUAUCAGCCACUGAGAAAGGGAAAGGCGUGGCUGUUCAGAAAAACGAGCCGCCCAAGAAGAAACGCAAGCCGGCGUCUGGUGAUCCCGCUUCACGCAAACUGGUCGUCGACGACCCGGAUGCCUCGGCGGUGAUGUUUUCGCGGCUUCCUCCUCCCGAGCAGCUGAGGAGACCGAGGUCCUAUGGUGCAAUGGCACAGCGCGGUACCAAGUUUGUAGCGGCUAUCAACGAGCUGAUGGCUGAGUGCGAGGCGGACCUGUCUAAGGUCGAACGUCGUCUGGAUGAAGCUCGGAAUGAGACCGCAGUGGCAAAGGGGAAACUUGACGAGGCGAUGACCAAGGUGAAGAGGCUGGAAGAGGAGAAGAUAGCUCUUCAUGCCGAUGUCGAUAAGGUAUCCGUCACGGUUAUUCGCCUCGAAGAGGCCAGGAGAGCCAAAAGCGCCAAGGUGGGGUUGCUUAAGAGGCGUAUCGAGGCCAAGGAUGCCUUGUUUGAUGAUAAGGUCAAGCGUGCGAAGAACGAAGCGAGGCGAGAGUUGACAUCCAAGUUUCAGGAACGCUUUGCCAAGGUGAAGGAAGGUCUCGCCAAGCUCGAGAAGGCCAAAAUUGAAGAGAAUGAGCUUGGGCAGAUCAAUGGCAACCUUGCUAUGAUCGACGACCUGAGGAAACCGGAUGGCCCGACUCUCGAUGACGAAGAGACGAAGUUAAAGCGUUCGGAGAGCGAAUACAUCGACGAUAAGGCGUAUGAGCGCAUCGCAUCCGAGAUCCGAGGUGAGCUAGUCUUCUCGCCCGUGUCGCCGGACUCUGUAGCCACCUGCCUGGGUAACGAGCCGAUUGAGGAGACAGCGGCUAAUCUGGGUGUUGGAGAUCCGACCGGAUCGAACACGGGUACGCCAGCCCUUUCGAACCUCCUUGCCGAGCGAGAGACGCAAUCAGCAGCUUGA